AAAGAGAAAGCUCAAGCAGUAUAUAAAGAAUAGUGUGAGAAAAGGAGAGAAAGAAAACAUGAGAAUUGUUUUGCAUAUUCACGAGAAGAAGAAAUACAAAUCACAAAGCUGUUGGCUCAUCGCAUGUUUGCUUCACGCAAACAGCUAAAUCUGGUUUGCUUCGUCGCGUGGCUUUAAAGACUUGAUUUACUUCUUAUAAUCCUCAAAUACCAUAUUAAUUUCACCAAACCCUAGUCUCUCAUUUCUCCUCUCUAAAUCUCUCUACCAAAUCGAAUUAAUUCUAGAAUCCCGCAAACCCUAGCAAGUUAUUAUGGUCUAAAUAUACUCACUUAGCUACCCGAUCUUUACAUAUAUAGAUGAAUACUGCAAACCCUAGUUGUGCGACCAGCAGCGGAUCAGCCCCGGGAGGGGGUGGAAGUAGCAGCGGUAGCGGUGGGAGUAGUGGCGGAGGUGGGCCGUGUGGAGCGUGUAAAUUUUUGAGGAGGAAGUGUGUGGCGGGCUGCAUCUUUGCUCCGUAUUUCGAUUCGGAGCAAGGAGCAGCCCAUUUUGCGGCUGUGCAUAAGGUCUUCGGAGCUAGUAAUGUUUCCAAGCUUCUGCUCCACAUUCCGGUUCACAAGCGGCUUGACGCUGUUGUCACUAUUUGUUACGAGGCUCAAGCCCGGCUUAGAGACCCGGUUUACGGCUGUGUUGCUCACAUCUUUGCUCUUCAACAACAGGUAACGAACCUGCAAGCAGAACUCACGUACUUGCAAGCCCAUCUGGCAACACUAGAGGUCCCGACUCCCCCGCCAGCUCCGCCACCACAGCAGCUUCUUGGAGGACUUCCCUUAUCCAUCUCCGAUCUCCCGGCUGCCUCGUGCAUGCCAGCAACUUAUGACUUAUCCUCACUCUUUGAUCCAAUGAUGCACCAAUCUUGGACUUUUCAGCAGAGACCUGUACUUGAUCCUCGGCAAUUCGGUAGCAGUGGCAAUAUCAGAGCCCCUGUGGACAUGUUGCCUGUUGUGAGCGGUGGUGCUGAUUUUCAAGAUCUGGCUCGAGAACUUUUUCAGAGGCAUGACUCUCCGCAACAUCCAUGCAGUGACCCUUCUACUAUGCCGCCACAUUCUAGAUAAAUUGACCCGAUUAAGUACUACUUGACCCGGAUCGAGAUGGUUGGUUUCAUUCUAGGAUGUUAAUUAUGAGGUAUCACUUUUUAAAGAGCUGCUGAUUAAUUUUAAUGACUAAGUUCUUUUGUUCCUUAUUUCAGUUGCUAUAUUAUGAUCCAAGUGCUAAUGAAAUUUAUAUCUUCAAGUUCGUA